AUGUGGACGAGCACACCCGAAGCUUUGGAUCGAGAUGAAAUUGCUGAAAAAGAUGCUUUAUCUAAAUUGGUAAGCAAACACUAUGCUGAUUCGAAGCGGGGUGCCAAGAUUUCCAAUUUGAACGUUGGAGAUAAAUGGUACGUAGGGGUGCUGUUCACCAGAAACGUAGCAGAUGCUAAACGGAUUACGGAAGAUGUUGAUAAUGAUGGUGAAAUUCGGGCAGGUGAAAUAACAGAAAAGCAGAUAGCGACAGAACUCAAUACGGACAACGAUCUGGCGAUCAAUCCAACAAAUGAUGUCGAAAAUCAGAUAACUGGUUAUGAUUUUCCACCAGAAGAUCGAUUCGAUAAGGCUAUGGAUCGGGAUAGUUCGACGAGUAGUGAUGGCCGUAAUGAAAGACCCAAACGUGCACAUCAAAAACCACGGAAGUUUGAUGAUAUGGUGCUGUAUACAAUUUUUGAAUGAGAGUAGAGGUGGGGUGACAUGUAGAGAAGCAGAUAAAAAAGAUAAAAAGAAAAUACAAAACAAAUUUUAUGUUAUUGAAUAAAAGA